AUGACUCAAGAACAAUCCAAUAAUUUAUCAUUACCAGAAGGUUAUACUUUUAGAAAAUUAAAAUCAACAGAUUAUUCAAAUAAAUAUCUAGAAACUUUAAAAGUGCUAACAACUGUUGGUACGAUAUCAGAGGAAAAAUUUAAAAAAUUAUUUGAGGAAUGGAGUCAAAAUUCUCAUAUUUAUCAACCACAUGUUAUAACGAAUAAUCAAGGAAUUAUAGUUUCAACCGGAAUGCUAUUGCUUGAAUCAAAAUUAAUUCAUGAAUGUGGUAAAAUUGGUCAUAUUGAAGAUAUAUCAGUUGCAAAAGAAGAACAGGGUAAAAAGUUGGGUAAUUAUAUGGUAAAAAGUUUAAGUAAAUUAGCUGAAGAAUCUGGUUGUUAUAAGGUAAUAUUAGAUUGUCUGGAUCAUAAUGUUGGAUUUUAUGAGAAAUGUGGAUUUCAAGUUGGAGGAGUUGAAAUGGUUCAUAGAUUUUUCCAAUAUUAA